CUUGUGGGCGUGGUACGCAGUCGUUAAGGGCAGCUCCUCGAUGGUUGGGUAGACAAUGUGUUGAUUCAUAGCAGAACAUUCACCAACGUUAAGCAGAGUUUAUCUGAAAACUUUACUGAUUCAACACUUGAUCAUGAAGACCGCACUGAUUUGUCUAACACUAGUCCUUGGUUUUGGAACGGAAUUUCUAGAAGCUUCAUUAAGCCAAUGUAACAGCCAUGACGGACAAGCUUUUUCCAACUUUAUCGAAAUACUUGUCGGAAACUAUUCAAACACGCACAUACACUUCACCGGUAUACUUAGUCCUGUGAAGCUCGGGCGAGUUAACACUCUGAACACGAGUAUCGUGCUGUUUUUUGAUGAAUAUCUACAUGGGACUCGAGUUCGAAAAACGUUAAUUGGCCUCAGUUCAUGGUUAGGAAGAAUCUACGCGAAUGUGUACAACAUUACAGCUACAAAUUUCCCAACCAGCCGUACACAACUGGAGCGAUAUUUCAAAGACACACUGGUAGCAAGUUCGCUUAAUCACGAACCUGAGUGCACUCGUAUAUUCUCUCGGAAAGAUCACUUUGACGAUAUAUUCAGAGGCUCAUGGCCGGGGUGCACAAUAACAAAAAGUCCGGCCCCGCCUCAUCUAAAAGCCGAAUUCAGUUGCACCGGAUUUUCUUUACAUCUGCCCGAUGGAGUUGUGUUCAAAGCAAAUAAAACGCCACUGUCGAGUCUUACAUGGCCAGAUACCUUUCACGCUUACAUAAUGAAACGAAAACCCUGCAGAUACCAAUAGAAGACUUUAAUCUGUAAUCUCAGAGGUUUUGGCAGAAUUUUUAUUGGCGCAUGUUUUUAAAAAAAAGCACCGGAAAAAAUAAAUAGGGCCUACUAUUUGAAGUUGUUGAUUUUUUUUUUUACAGAAAUAAAAAAUAAAGUUUGUGAAUAAAUAAAAUGUUAAAGUACAUGUAAAUUGUCAAGUAAUUAUCAUAGGAAUUGAAAAUGUGUGCUGAUUGUUUUGUUCUAUGAUUAAAAAAAAGUUUUUAAAA